UUAUUGAACGUCGAUUCUCUGAGAAAGUACACGUACAGUUAUCAGAUACGUUUCAUAUCAAAUUGGCAUUAACUGAUUAUUGCAGUGUGAUGAAAUAAUUUUGUGAGAUUAUAGUAUAUGUCUAUUAAAGCCUAAAACCAAAUACAAUGCAGAGUCAAUAUAAUAUGCGAAGUCCGGCUGUCAAGCGGCUGAUGAAAGAAGCUCAAGAAUUAAGCCAACCAACUGAACAAUACCAUGUUCAACCCUUAGAUGAUAAUUUAUUUGAAUGGCAUUUUACUAUCCGAGGUCCGGCCGAUUCUGAUUUUGAUGGUGGAAUUUAUCAUGGCAGAAUUAUUUUACCUCCAGAUUAUCCAAUGAAACCUCCCAGUAUUAUAUUAUUAACACCAAAUGGCCGUUUUGAGAUAUUUAAGAAAAUUUGUCUGAGUAUCUCUGGCCAUCAUCCAGAAUCAUGGCAACCAUCUUGGUCAAUAAGAACAGCAUUGUUAGCUAUAAUAGGUUUUAUGCCAACUCAUGGUGCUGGAGCUAUAGGAUCUUUAGAUUAUACACCAGAAGAAAGGAAAGUCCUCGCCAAAAAAUCACAAGACUGGAAAUGUCAAAAUUGUGGCGCCAUAGGUCACAUUCUUCCUCCCGUUACACAGGCCUCAGAAAAAACAACACAGGAAGCAAAGGAAUUGGCCACACAAAUUGACUUUCAAGGAGAAAAAGUCAAAAACUCUGAUACAUCUGCAGAUACGAGUAAAGAAUCAUCGGAAACAUCUUUUGCUAACCAGGGGACUAAAACAUCUGUUUUAUCGACUACACCAACAACAGCUUCAGAAACCAGUACUCCAACCACACCAAAUGCUCAGCUCACACAAUUUCCUUGGAAUGCUUUCAUGGCAGGUGCCCCUCCACAAAUGAUGCCACCAUAUGGCUUACCAUUUCCCAUGCAAUAUCCACCUGGUAAUCCUAAUCAAAUGGUACCAAGAUUUCCCUUACCAUGCUAUGCUCCAAUGUUUCCACCUCAGAUGUAUCCAGGUUAUAAUUUAACAAAUAAUAGUGGUUGGCUUCCUCAGCAACCAACUCUGAAUAUCCCACCAGAAUCACCAAAAACUUCUGCUAGUACAGUCAUUAGUACCAACUCAACAAACACCACUACAUCACACACAACAAGUUCUUCUAGUCAAUUGGCAUCUACGAAUACAACAACUGUAACAUCUACAUCUACAGUAACAACAAGUAGUCCCACUCCUAGUUCACCCCCGACGACGAGACCCCCACCCACGUCGACAAACACUGAUCCCCAGACAACAUCAACAGACGGUCCCAGACGGCGAACAGGUGCAAGCCCACCUCCACAGAUUAACCCAACUAUAAGACAAGCUUUUCAAUCUGCUAACCUCCCGCCUCAAAGAUCUGAUGGAAAACUUUCAUUAGUGUUAAUUAUAAUACUAAUAUGUGCUAUUGGUUUAUUAGUAUUCCGUAGACUGUAUUUAUCAUUUGAAUGGAAUCUACUAUUUCGUUAAUACAAUAGACUACUAAUAAAUUUGGGACUUUUAAUUGACCAAUGGUCUGUGAAAUACUGAAUUGAAUUGUUAAAUUAUUGUUAAUUACCUUUGACUUACAUAACAUUAUGUAUCCCAAGUACCUGGUAUACUUUUGGUUGGAUUAUGGUAUUUUUAUUAAAUAAUCAGUUUUUGUCCCCCCGCCUUUCGAAGAAAUCAGGGGACUAUUAAAAUGGGUUCGUCCAAUAACUUUGGUAAUAAUUAAGUGAGAGUGAUGAAACUCUGAGUAUAGAUUCAUUAUAUCAUUACCUUGACUAAGUUCGAUGGUGAGAAUUUUCUGCUUAGGCUAAGGAGCAAUAAGCAAUUUGAUUGGUCAAGACUUUGGAACAUGAAAACUCUGCUUUUAAUUGAGGUAGAAUGUUUAAACUUGAUGUUGAUGUUCAUUAAGUGAAUGUCUUGACUGAGUUCAAUGAUUAACAUUUCGAGUUAAAGCUAAGCAAUUUGAUUGGUCAAUGCUUUAGGACAAGAUAACUUCGCUUCUAUCUGAUAGAGAGUGAUGAAACUUAGUGUAUAGUUGAUAAUCAGUUUAAUUGCUUGAUACUUUUGAAAAAAAAAAUGUGCAAUAAAUUAAUAUGUGUCAUCUAUUUAUUUUGGGAUUUCGGCGGGGGGCAUCAGCCUCACUGUUGGCUUGUUCACAAUUUAUUAAGAAGAGUUUGUUCUUUUCGUAUUUGACAUUUCAAUUGCAAUUUAAAUGUUAUUUUGAAGAACUUCAAGGGCAAACAUGACUCUACAUUUAUGUAUCUGUUAAUUUAUUUAGUUGAAACUAGGAUGUCAAGCCCUAUUUAAUUCAUUUAGUUCGAAGGUAUGUUGUAACAUAGUAUGAUAAUGGUGACUGUGGAUUCGACUUCUUUAUUUGAAGAAUGCAGAAACAAACAUUAAAAGUUAUUUCAAGAAUUAUGCUAACAACUAAUACAUCACACAGGCACAUAAUAUAUAUAACAGAUUGUAGACAUAACGGCCAUCGUCCAAAUUCACGACUGCUUCAAUCGUUUUGUCUUGUACAGCAGUCUCUCUGUAAGCUUGUCUAAGUUAUGCUUCUACCUCAGAUCAUUUAUAACGAUCAAGGUGUUAUCAACAACCUUAUUAGUAUUUAACAGCCAUUCACAAGUUAUAAUACAUAUACAUUAGUGGCCUCCAUUUAACGGACAAUCAUAUAAUAUUAUCUAAUAAUAUGAGGAGAUAGUGACUAAUAACCUAACUAAAUGUACCUCCAACUCAUAGCUAUAAGCCACAGCUGCUUAAUAUUAUGUAACAAUAUUUGGGAAUAUAAAUAAUAUGCCCUUUGUAUUUUUACACACAGUGUGGGGUAGACAUGCUCUGGGCUGGGGAAAUAAGGAUGCUGAUAAUAUCUCAUAUUCCUGAAGCAAUGGUCCGAGAAAUCCCUGUCUGGCCAUUGUUGAAUUGGCUUCUGAUACUUGAGCUUUUGAGGGAGUGUGUAUAUUCUUCCCAUUCAAUCAAAUCUAUCCCAAGUACAGCAGCAUGACAGCCCUUCGUUUAAUCUGGGGUCUUCCCUAAAACUUUGGACAGUGAUUUAAGGUAUUAAAAACGGUGAAAGUAUUGUCCGUCUCCAUACAGUAUUGUUUACAUUGUAUUCGUGUUGAUAGCCUUGUUUGUCAUACAAUUAGUUUUUCUGCAAUAUUCUGCUAUGCACUGGUUAAUUGGGCAUAUUAAAAUCGUGAGUCAUGACGUAACGUUAUGUAAACAUAUUUGGUCCAAUUUGGAGCUUUGUUUAAAAUGUAACGAUAUUGUUAAGCAGUUAGCUAUUGGUUGUUAAUCGGACUAUUGACCAGUCAUAAUUUGGAACAGAAAUUUGCUUCCAUUAAAGCAGUGUUUAGUGGGAUUAGCUCUAAUCAAACGAAACACUGCAAGGAGUAUGACAAUAAUCUAAAAACCUUAUUAUUGGAUGUAAUUAAAUCAGCAUUUCGUCUUUAUAUGUAUAUCAACAAUAUCCCUACCUUUGGUUAUGCAUGAUGUUGUAUUGUAUUUGUUAUGAUUGUCAAUGUGUAGGCCAUGUUAAAAUAACAAAAGGUGAUAGAUUUUGUUAAUUCUGUGAAAAUAAUUUCCUUUGUGUGAUAUUUGUACGUUAUUGUAUAUUAAAUAUGUAAAUAAUUACAGUAAUUAUAACUUUUA